AAAAAGUAUUCACGCGGAGACCAAAUCAGCUAAAGAAGACAACUUACAUUGACUUUGCUGCCAAACAUUGACUCUUCACUCUAGUAGCAAACAAGAGACAUUCAUCUCGAAUUUAGAUCUAAGACAACCAAAAUCAGAAGCAACGAAACUUAUAAUCCCAGCUUAUAUACACUCUUCUAAUUCUUCUCAACUUCCAUGGCCAUCCUCACUGAAUUACCAGAAGAACAAGAAGCGGCAAUAAAAUAUGAUGUUUUCCUGAGUUUCAGAGGGAAAGACACUCGUCUGGGUUUUAUGGAUCACCUCUACCAAGCUUUGGUGAAUGAAAACAUCUCUACGUUUCUUGAUGAGGAAGAGGUUGAAACUGGGGAAGAACUUAAACCCGAGCUUGCAAGAGCUAUAAAAAGCUCCCGUGCUUCCAUAGUUGUGUUGUCUAAGAACUACGCAUCUUCAACAUGGUGUCUGGACGAGCUCGUGAUGAUCCUUGAGCAACGAAGGGUCUCUGAUCAUAUUGUUCUCCCUGUUUUUUACAAUGUCGAGCCGACACAUAUCAGAAAGCAAAAAAGCACUUUUGGGGAAGCGUUAUUUGAACACAAACAGAGGAUUGAGUCUGAAAAGGAUGUGGAGAAGAAAAUUCAAGGUGCUGGUAAGUUGGAGAUGUGGACGAAAGGACUUACAGAGAUUGCUGAUUUGAAAGGAAAAGAUGCAACUGGAAGAAGAGAGACGGUGGUCAUCGAAGAAGUCGUGAAAGAAAUUAGUACUAGACUGGAACUACACUUGCAAAGGAGAAUUCCACACCUAAUUGGGAUGGAAGAUUCUAUUUAUACCAUCAGUUCCUGGUUAAAAAAAGAAUCUUCUGAAGCUGCUGAAAUUCUCACAAUUUGGGGAAUGCCCGGGAUCGGAAAAACAACAUUGGCAGAAUAUAUGUUUACCUCGCACCGCCAUAAAUUUGAAAGUAGUAGCUUUGUUGAAGCCAUUGGAAGAAGAUGUGCACAACAGCCAUAUUCGCAAAUAGAUUUGCAAAAACAGCUUCUUGGAGACGUUCUAAAGAAAAGAAAGAUUGAAGAAAAUAAUGCAGAUUUAUGCACAUCUAAGGUUGAAAAGGCAUUAUCUAGGAAAAAGGCACUUCUGGUUCUUGAUGAUGUUGAUAACUUUCAGCAACUGGAUGUGCUUAUUGGAACAAAAGGUUUUCAUCCAGGAAGCAAGAUUAUAGUAACAACCAAAGAUGGCUCCCUAACAGAAAAGUGUUCAUUGUUUCGUAUGAAAUUCCCUCCAAAACAUACAAAGCUUGCACUUCAUGGCUUAAGUGACACUGCAUCUAUGAGACUUUUAUGUUGGCAUGCGUUUGGAAACAAUGAUCCGAAGAAAGGUUAUGAGAAAGAAGCAGAACGAGUUGCCAAGUUUUGUGGAGGACAUCCAUUGGCUAUUAAAGUUUUGGGUUGUUCAUUAAUUAAUAAAGAUGCAGCCAUAUGGAGUGACGUCCUUGAAAUGUUGGAGGCAAAAGGAUAUUUAACUGAUGUACAAGAGAAUGUACAAAAGGCUCUGCAAAUUAGCUUUGAUUCUUUAUCAGGGGACUGCAAAGAACUUUUCAAGCACAUUGCUUGUUUUUUUGUUGGAAAAGAAAGAGAAGUUACACAAACAAUAUUAAAGGAAUGUGGGUUUCAAACAUCAUAUGGGAUCAACAAGCUCAUUGAUAGAUGUCUUCUCAAAAUUGGAGGAAGAAAUGAGUUGAGGAUGCAUCAAUUGCUUCAAGAGAUGGGGAGAGAUUUAGUCCGUAAAGAAUCACCUGAAAAGCCAUGGAAGCGUAGUCGAGUAUGGAAACAUGAGGAGUCCCUCGAUUUGUUGAAAAAGGACAAGGGCACCCAUAGGAUUCAAGGUCUUAUCCUUGACACGAAUCUAUUGAGAAAGGAGCUAUCGCAUAGAUCAGGUAGUCUGACUGAGCAUAACUUCCAAAAUGAUGAUGUGAACAAGACUCUUAGAGCUGCCCAACCAAUCCAGAUGGUCUAUGAGUUCUUUUUAAGAAUUUGGUUGUUUUUUGCUCGGCUUCUCCUAAUGCUUUCAUCUUCUCAUUGCAAAAAAGUCGAAUUGAGAGCAGAUGCAUUAAGAAAGAUGGAUAAGCUAAAGCUACUCCAACUCAAUCAUGUAAAAAUCAACGGAUCAUACAAGAAUUUUCCAAAAGGUUUAAGGUGGUUGUGCAUGCGUGGAUUCCAUUCAAAAUUCAUACCUUACGACUUACCAAUGGAAAAUUUGGUUGCUCUUGACAUGUCUUACAGUAAUCUCACACAACUUUGGAAGAAGCCAAAGCAUCUUGGGUCAUUGAAGAUUCUUAAUCUGAGUAAUUCCAAGCUUGUUAGAGUCGAAGGCUUCUCCGGGUUACCUGCACUUGAGAGGUUGUAUCUUACAAACUGUGAAAGCUUAGUUCAUGUGUGUGAGUCAAUUGGUGGAUGUGAUAGCCUUCUUGUUCUUGACUUGAGCUACUGUGAUAAGCUUAGUAAUGUUCCAAUUAGCAUUAGCAAAUUAAAGAAUGUUAGAAUUUUAUCAUUUGACGGUUGCUUAGGUGCUAGUGAAUUUCUAAUGCGGAUGAAGGAUAUGAAGUCAUAUGCAUAUUCCUCUUCUGUUGGAGAAUUUAUACCGAAAACUCCAAAAUCAAUUUUGCUACCUUCACUAGUAACCUUGUCGCUUGUAGGCAGUAAUUUAUCUAAUGAAUCCUUUCCAAAGAACUUCAGUAGCAUGCCAAUGUUGAAGGCAUUAUGUCUAAGGAAGAAUCCAAUUGAUUCCCUGCCUGAUUGUGUGAGAAGCCUUAGUAGGCUUGAGGUACUCGACGUUGGAGAAUGUUGGAUGCUGAAGUCGGUAUUGUACCCUCCAUUUACAAUCAAACAGUUGUCUACUGAAAAGUGUUUGUCACUUAUUAAAAUAACAUUCCAUCAAGAAAUGUUGUCACCACCAGUUGUGUAUUAUGAUUGGUCGGAGUCAUUGACCGAAAUUCAAGGCAUAAUCAAAUUUCAAGCUAUUGCACAAAUUGAGGACCAGAUAUUAUGUAGCUUGGGGUGGAUAAAUUUACAACAUGUGAAAGAUCAGAGGAUCCGGAUAUCGGAGUCAUCCUUAUGGUCUCGUGCAAAGAAACUCCCAAUUCCAGUCCAGAUGUUUUACGAAUUUGGAAUAUUUAGCACAUGUUUUCAUGGGAAAGCAGUUCCGGAUUGGUUACAUCAUAAAAGCAAGGGUUCAUCAAUAUCAAUAGCCAUGCCAUCGUCUUCAAUGAAUAAGAGUAUACAAGGAAUAAAUAUAAGCUUUGUGCAUACAUUUCCAGGCAUAGGAAAGCAAAGUCGUUUAAAAAUAAAAGUACAAAACGUGACAAUAAAUCGCACCUGGAUAUAUUAUGGUCAUAUUUUUUCUUUCCGAGAAACUGAUGAAGAUAUGGUAUGGUUAAGUCAUUGGAUGUUUGGGAAUGAGAUAAAAAAUGGUGAUGAAGUUUGUGUUACAAUAUUAGAAAAUAAACUAUAUGGUGGAGUAAUGGUAAGAGAGUGUGCAAUCGGUCCUGUGUACACUAAUAAGGACAAUAAUGAAGAAGAUCCUUUGAGUUAUUACAAGUCGUGGAAACAUAUUAUUGGUGGUGAUCUGUCCGAUUUUCAAGUAGCCUCAGGAGAGUACUUUCUAAACAAUUUUCGUUUUAUUUCUCAUUACCAUGUAUUUAAAAGACCUCUUAACUAAUUUUCUUGUGGUACGAAAGUUAAUUUGUAAAAAAUUUUCUAAUUCCAAAUUUUAAAAGGUAUACUAAUGAGAUUAUCACUCCUUAAUAUUGAA